AUGUUCAACCUCACGGAGGGAGCGCCUGCACAGUCCCAUUCCUCAUCCACCACUAGAGUCACACAUCAUCACACUAUUGAGAUGACUGACGACUACUUUGAGGGAUCCGACACUAUCCUCUUGUUUCUCGACGCCGUCCGAGGGCUCCCACUCUCCUCUCAAGCUCAAAUUCGUUCCAAGCCUGAUGGUGAGAUCGUCCACGCCCUCGAGUGUUUACUCCAAUUCGCCAAAAAGUGGGACAGCGACCUGACCCUUGCGGCGUAUGAGAGGGUGUCACUGCACGAGGUGACAAAUUGUUACUGGAAGGACUGUCAAUUGACGCCCAUCGACAUAUUCGCCUUGGCUGCCCUUGGUGGCUUCUCGGACGUGGCUGCAAUGAUGGGGUCUCUAACGUCUGAAGAGAUACGGAACGUAACGUCUUGGCUGGAGUUUCAAAUGCAAGAAGCCAACGACUACAAUCAGCGUCCGGUCGAACAAGUCCAGCUGCGAGAGCUUCAAGAACUCAUGCAGCAUCUAUCCGACCUCCGGGUCGACUUGAUCCGUUGUGAGACGAGGGUGUCCAUCGCCAAUUGGGAUGGAUGGAUGCUUCGCCUCAGCCAGCUGUAUUUGGACCUCAACCGAACCCGGAAAGACUUCAAGUACAUCCACGGUUUGGGUAACGCUCUCGUCAAUGGCGCCGCCUUGAACGACGGUACCGUCGCUUUAGAAGACGAUCUCAGCGAUACUAGCUCGGAGAUCUCUGAGUUCUCGGAGGACGGGGUGGGGGAGGACGGGGAUGACAUCGAGUAUGAAGAUGACAGGCCAGUGGAGCUCAUGUUCGCUCAGGCAGCUCAAGAUGAGGCGGAGCGAGCUCGGCGUCCCCGACGGGGGGCACCCAGAAAGCCGCUCGAUAUGAAGCUUUUCCAAACGCUAUGGGAGGACUUGGAGACUUACGAGUACAUUGGAGCUCGACUGGGGGUGGAUAAGAGGACGGUGAAGAACCGUCUACGUGAGAUGGGGCUUCACAGGCGGAAAUUCUCUGUCAUCUCUCACCGUGAAUUGUCCGAAAAGAUUGAUAAGAUAUCCAAAGGAUCAAUGGGUGCUAUUGGUGUCAUCGGAGUGACAGGAGCCCUCAGAAGCGAACAGAUAUUUGUCCCCCGAUGGCGUAUACGCUUAUGUCUCAAGGAGGUCAAUCCAGCCGCUGCAGCUCUUCGCUGGCAAUUUGUCGUCAAUCGCAGGCGCUAUUACGUCCCGUUCAUAAACAGCUUGUGGCAUAUUGAUGGACAUCACAAAAUGUUUAGAUGGCGCAUUGUCAUCAUCGGCAUCAUCGAAGGCAAGUCAAGGAAAGUUGUUGGGCUGCGAGCACAGAACAAUAACCGCGCCGCCUCUGUCCUUGAUGUCUUCAAGAAGGCGACCGAAGAGCAUGGGGUACCAAGUCGAGUCAGGGCGGACUACGGCAAGGAGCUGCUAGAUGUCAAGAACUACAUGAUUGAGAGGAGAGGGGACGGCAGGGGCUCGUUCAUCCAAGGCGCUUCUACGCACAAUCAGCGCAUCGAGCGUCUCUGGGUCGAUCUCCAGCGUUGGAAUACGAAGAAGUACGUGGAGCUCUUCCAUCAGAUCGAGGACGAGCAAGAGGUACCCUUCCACGACGUACACCUCUGGUGCCUGCACUAUACUUUCCUUGACCAGCUUCAGAUGGAGUGCGACGCCUUUCUUGCCGCCUGGAAUGAGCAUCCUCUGCGUACCGAGAAGCAACUUUCCCCCAACCUCAUAUGGCGUAGACAGAGCCGCAGGAUGCGAGAGGCUUACGGCGAGGAGUGGUGGCAGCUUGAUGAUGACGAAGACGACUACGUCAGGCGCCAUCAUGACUUGGGGCUCGAGUUCAACAGCUAUGGCGUCGACGCUCAUCGGCUGUGGUCCGCAAACCCUGGCGCGCGCGAGCGUAAGAAGGAGAAGACGGUGGUUGAGCCGGUGAAGAGUAUGAGUCCCUAUUUGAGGGACAUUCUCACCAAUGCGGCAUUCUUGGAAUGGUUGGACGGAGAGAUGCCGCCGCCUGCGCUCUAUCAAGAAGACUUUGGCCGCAGUCGUUACGACCUCUGUGUCGCGCGGGUCAGAGCGGUCUUUGAGAGGAACGACGUCGACCAGGUCAUUUAG